AUGGCUUCACUUCUUUCUAACGCGACGUUCGCCAACGGCACGUUUGCUGGUAUUGCCAGCGGCGCCAACGACCUCUACGGCGUCUUCGAGGAGGUGUCCAAGUACAAUGUGCAGCUCAACAUUGCCGAGCGCCUGUGGGCGUCGUGGUACCUCUGGAUGCAGAACGACGUUCUCGCGACGGGCAUUCUCAGCUUCAUCAUGCACGAGACUGUGUACUUUGGCCGCUCGCUGCCCUGGAUCAUCCUCGACUCGAUCCCGUACUUCAACCAGUGGAAGAUCCAGAACCAGAAGGUGCCGACCGCCAAGGAGCAGUUUGACUGCGCCGUGCUUGUGCUUUUGAGCCACUUCACAGUCGAGCUGCCGCAGAUCUGGCUGUUCCACCCCGUCGCGACCUACUUUGGCAUGGAGUUUGGCGUGCCGUUCCCCCCGGCGUGGAAGAUUGCCAUGCAGGUGGCCAUCUUCUUCGUGAUGGAGGACGCCUGGCACUACUGGUUCCACCGCGCGCUGCACUAUGGCCCCCUGUACCGCUCGAUCCACAAGCUGCACCACACGUACUCCGCGCCGUUUGGUCUGGCGGCCGAGUACGCGUCGCCCAUUGAGGUCAUGCUGCUGGGCAUGGGCAUUGUGGGCUCACCCAUCAUCUGGGUGUCGCUGUCCGGCGACCUGCACCUGGUGACCAUGUACAUCUGGAUCAUCCUGCGCCUCUUCCAGGCGAUUGACGCGCACAGCGGCUACGACUUUCCCUGGUCGCUGCGCCAUCUUCUGCCCUUCUGGGCGGGCGCCGACCACCACGACCUGCACCACGAGAAGUUCAUUGGCAACUACGCGUCGAGCUUCCGCUGGUGGGACUUCUGCCUCGACACCGAAGCUGGCCUCGAGGCCAGCAAGAAGCGUCGCGAGAGGAAGCUCGCCCAGCUCAAGGCGAAGAAGGCGCAGUAA